GAGCUCUCUGUUCUGGAGCAGUGGAGUGUCGCCCACGCUGGCAUGGUCUCCCUCUCUCCUCUCCUCUCAUACAAAGGGAUACAGUCAUCUGGCCUUUUGUGAAGGGGAAUAGGGUCUUCGUUUUUUGUUCCAGGUUUAACACUUGUAACUCUCUUCGUCUUCAAGACUACUCGAACCUACUACUCGAGGGAGGGAGAUUGGGAGGAGAACAAUGGAGACUCUGCUGCCCUAUCUGCAACUAGCUGCAAUCCAGCACCACUAAGAUGCUCUGCUGCAGUCUAUUGCCUCGUUUGAGUUUGUAAGUCUUUUGAUCUCUCGAUUCUCUACUGAAACACAAACAGAGCAUCUAUCUCAUCGUCUAAGGUUUGUAAAAAAAUAUUUGGUCAACCCAAGAAGAUGACUAACAGAGACGGUCAAAAGCUGAUGAGUAGUGACAGUGAGGAUUCAUCUUUAGUGGUCGUGGUACCUGAACAUUUGUUGAUCAAAGUAUUUUCAUGGCUCCCUGUGAAAUCCCUCUUCAGGUUCAAGUGCCUAAGUAAAAGAUGGCUUCAUGUCAUAUCCAAUGAUUCUUAUUUCAUUCACCUCCAUUCUCACCACUCCAAGUCCAAACCACCUCCUCUUUUACUCAUCCUGUAUACCACCAGAGGUAGAAGACAGCAUGAUUAUUCUUCUCCAAUCCUCCAUGGAUAUGGAAGGGAUGUUGUUAGACAAAUUCGAGUUUAAUAAGAUGGAUUUCCCCCUUAGACGCCCCCUCAUGCUCCCUACCCGCUUCCAUCUGGUGUGUUUCAUAUCCAAAAAUCAACUCCAUGUUUGCAAUCCAAGUACACAUGAACUGAUAACAUUGCCGCCACUUGUGGUUAAUUACUCUGAUAUAGUCGAAUUCCAUGGUAGUUUCGGUUUUGGAUAUGUUGAGUCUACCAAUGAGUAUAAAAUAGUUCAUCUGAUUCCUCCUUUCUUGGAAAAGAGAUAUCGAUAUGGUGCCAAUCUCCCAAUGCAAUGUACGCAAUGUGCAGUUUUCACCUUGGGGAUGACAGAGGACUCUCCUUCUUCUUAUGCUUCUCCUUGGGCUUGGAAAAUUAUAGGAAAUUCCCCCUAUAAUGUUGAGCAUCUUCAAUGUCCAGCUUUCGUGGAUGGAGUUCUUCAUUGGCUGAUUGACCGCAAGCAUCACCCUGAGCUUAUGACCGAUAUUGAACAGACAAUCUUGGCGUUCAAUUUGGAGAGUGAAGAAUUUGGACUUGUCCCACGUCCCAGAGGGUGUUCUGAUCUUGCAGGUAUAGAUCUCCAAUUGGUGGAGUUGAGUGGGCUACUAUGUCUUUCAUGUGUUGAUGAAGGUGAUCACAAAAUGGACAUAUGGAUGUUGAAAAACUACUGCACUGAGACUCGUACGUUUACGUGGGUAAAAGAGCAUAGCAUUGAUUUGAGUACCUUGGUGGGUACUCCAUACGGUAGCUAUUCUGAGUCUGAUUUUCCUUGGAUCGAACAUGGAACCGUGAAACUGGAUGAUGGGGUUAAUAUCUCAUAUGGACCGAUGAAUCUGAAUAUGACUACCUUAGGGGAUGAUGCAUCCCGUAGCUAUUCUGGGUCUUAUGUUCCUAAGGACAUACAGGAUGACGGGGAUAAAGUGCUUAUUGAGAUGUGGGAUGGAAGAUCAUUUUAUUACCAUCACCAAACCGCAAGUUUUACUGAAUUUAUUUGUGAGAAAUGGAGACGUUCAUUCUUUAGUUUCUAUACGGAGAGCUUGUGCUCUCUUAGAUAUGUCAUACAGAAAAGAUUCAAGGGAAGGAACUAGUUGCAGAACAUUUUGCAGGAGGAGAUACCAUUGAAGCAGAAGCAAAAGCCAUUCUUUGUGGGCUUCAAUUAGCUCGUGGGCAAGGUAUCCAGCGCAUUGCUUUGGUUUCUAAUGCAAAGGAGCUAGUUGAUGCUAUUAAUAGUGGAGAAAGGAAAAGUUUUCAAAGGCUGGAAAAGAUUCUUACCAAGAUUAUUGAUCUUCUUUCUGAAUUCAAUUGGGCUCAAAUAUUUCAUGAUCGAACACUGUCUACUCAAGUGGCUUUCCAGCUUGCUCGUUGGGCUAUCAACUCGGCCUUUGAAAUGGGUUUUCUUGAAACAAAGCCACCCAAAUGGUUCAUGGAUGGGUGAACCACCUAGCUAUGUGGCUUCUAGAAUUUUAUAGAUUACUAAUCUUCUCAAGGCAAUGAACAUCUACCUCUUCACUAUCAUUCAACAAGAGGCACAAGUGGGCAAUAGCAAAUACUUCUGAUUCAUUCCUCCCCUCUAAUAUAAAUGGCUUCUCAAGGCAGGCUCUGUACUUUCAAAUGUUCAGUCUGCUGAUUGGUUUGAGUUUUGAGGGGGGAUAGAAUAUUCAAAGGAGCAUUGUUUGUCUCUUUAAGGAACUGUUUUUCUUUUUUAUAGAAAACCUGUCCAACUCUUUAAUUGGCAUCUUUUCAUUGAUGUGGUUGGCUAACUCAAAUAGGAUAUUUCACUUGGCAUAGGGCCAAGGCAUUUUGUGGUUGCGUUGAUUGGAACUCUCCUUUCUUUCCCUCA